CUUUCAUUUGCAGCAAAACCCUACCGCCUCUACGAAGUUUGAUUUUAGUGAGAGAGAAUAUGGGAAGCGAUAGCGAAGCGGAAAGAUCGGCACAGAAGGAUGACAAGAAGAAGAAGAUGGCGAUAACUCUCGCACCCAUUGCUAAACCUCUUGCUGGGAAGAAGCUCACUAAGAAAGCUUUCAAGCUUGUCCGCCGAGCUGCAGAACAUAAAUGUCUUAAAAGAGGAGUUAAGGAGGUAGUUAAAAGCAUCCGUCGUGGAAACAAAGGAUUGUGUAUCAUAGCAGGAAACAUUUCACCUAUUGAUGUGAUAACUCAUGUUCCAAUCCUAUGUGAAGACUCUGAAAUUCCCUAUAUUUAUGUUACAUCAAAGGAAGAACUUGCAAAUGCUGGUUCAACUAAGAGGCCUACAUGCUGUGUCCUAAUCCAAACUAAGCCUGCAAAAGGUGAACUGGGUAAAGAGGAACAAGAGAAGCUCAAGGCUGAAUUUGAUCAAGUGGUAACAGAGGUUUCUGAAAUUACUUCAUCAAUGUUCUGAGUUUUUGUUAAAACAGAUGAAACUAAAACCCUAAUGAUUUUGUAUUGUUAUUUUUCUUUCUACUUUAGUUUGUGUUAAUGCAUUUUGGAGUAUCUAUCAGAUUUUAUUUAAGUA